AUGGAUCGCAGCCUAUCCUCCGAAUCCACCAUAACCACAACCAUAACCUCAACCGCUUCCAUCGAAGAAGAAUCCAAAUUUCUCACCCGCACCCAACACCUCCGACACACCCGCCUGGCCCUCGCCAUCCUCACUUUCCUAACCUCCAUCCCAACCAUCGCCUGCGAAGCCGUCGCCCUCCACCACUACCGCCAAACCUCCCCCUACGCACGAGUCUGGCUCAACCUAUGGCCUCUGAACCUGGACCUAAGGCCCACUAUCGCCUUGCUCGCCUGCGGCUGUGUGAUAGCAUUCCAGAACUUGCUCUAUAUUGUUACGGCUGUUGUUCCUUCGCCCCGCCCCCACAUCCGCCUCCUCAAUCUCCUCGCCGCCGCAACAGCCCUCUCGGGCUUCAUCGCCGCGCUCGUGGGCCUGGUAUUCGUGAUUUACCAGCCUGGAGCGAAGCACCCGAGCGGGUUCAGUAAGAUGGAGACGUUGCAUUCGUGGACGUGUAAGUGGGGCGUUGUGAGGGAUGAUUAUACGAGCAGUGGAAAUGGGACUGUUAGCGCUAGCGCUAGUUAUAAUGCUACCGGUGGGGGUGUUACAGUGCCGGUGCAUUUCAAGCGAGAUUGUGAGGUUACUAGGGCUGGGUUCGCAUUGCUUUGUGUGUUGCUUGGGUUGGAGGUUGUUAUGGGGGGUGUGGUUGCUGUGGGGGUUUGGGUUGAGAGGAAGGUUGGUGGGGUGAGGGGUGGAAGUUUGGAGGAUAUUGGGAGAGGGGGAGAGAUGAUGAAGGGGGAGAGUAAGGUUUCUGUGGGGGGAGUGGAGAAGUAUCCAGGGACUUGA